AUGGCUAGAACCAGCAGCCAUGCCACAAGAACCUCCUCCUUGUUUAGCCAGCUUCCUCUUUGGCAAGAUUAUGGCGUGCAGUGUGAGGCGGCACGCCAGCGCUUCAGGCAGUUCCAGUACUCAGAAGCUGCAAGGCCUCAAGAAGCUUUCCUCAAGCUCUGGGAGUUCUGCUCUCAAUGGCUGAAGCCAAAGAUGCAUUCUGCAGAAGAAAUUGUGGAGCUGCUCGUGUUGGAGCAAUUCCUACGUAUUUUACCUUCAGACCUAGGGACCACGGUGAGAAUGUAUGCCCCAAGGGAUCGAAAGACACUUUUCUCCCUGAUAGAAGACCUGCAGAGAGAUUGUGGCAGACCAGAGUGGCAGGCCAACAUAGAUGGUAAACCCAAGGACAAACGUGGGCCAGAGCAUCAAUUAUCCAUGCUUCCACACACGCUCUCUCAUUCAUCUGCACUCCACGUAAUGGAACCUGGCACCAAUCUCCUUGGCAUCCCAGAAGUAGAGCCACAGGAGCUGAAAAACUAUGAUGAUGGCCAACAUCAUGCCUCUCUUGGCCUUGUGCCACAGGCACAGCUGAAACAUGGUGAUAUUUUCACCAAGCUGUGUACUAUUGACACAACAGUGGAGAUCAAGAAAAUGGAAAUCAGUGAGAAUAGUCCAUGUACCAGUUUCCACAGAUGGUAUGAACAGCUAGAAUCUCCUGGCAAAGAAACCCCAGAACAGUUUCUGGAUGACUGUCUGGAGCCCAUGACCUAUGAGAGGCACAGCCCAGGAGAUAUUGCUGGGAGCUCCCACCAGGAGCAACCUCUGGGCCCACAACCCCACAAGCAGAAGAGCCCGACUGAGCAAGCUCACUGUUUUGAUCAAUGUGGUCAGCUCCUUACUCACCAGAAAUUUCACACAGGAGAGCCAAUUCCCGGUGGCCCCAGGUGGGGGAUAGAGUCCUUUCAGGGGGCAGACCUCUAUGAGCACCAGUACUUUGACAAGAGUCAGAGGCCCUGUGAGUGCUCUCUGUGUACCAAGUCCUACAGUCAUGUUACACAGCUUAGUGUGAGCCAGGGAAAAUACCCUGACAAGGAAAUGUACCACUGCUCACAGUGUAGGAGGAAGUUCGUGUAUAGGUCCAGUCUGCAAGCACACUUGAAAACUCACACUCAGGUCAAAUCUCAUGAGUGCCCCAUUUGUGGGAAGUCUUUUAAAAGGCCCUCUACUCUUGCCACACAUCAGAAAAUGCACACUGUAGAGAAGACUUUUGCUUGUGAAUACUGUAAGAAAACUUAUAAAUAUAUGUCAAGCCUGCUGAGACACUUAACUGUCCACACAGGGGAGCAAAUCCCCAAUGGCAGGUCUGGUAGAGUAGACACCAGGAAGGAAGAAGGCCUUGUUGCUGACCAAGCUGCCGCUUCUGGAGCUGAAUUCCCCAUGAAUGAAUUUAGCUGCACUGGUCCUGCAGAGGACACAACCCCUUAA